CUCAGUUUGACGAGAACAGUCCCAACGACACGAACGAACGGAUUAUAGAACGAGACAUUCCGGAAUUAUUUAACUCCACGAGAAAACCUACCAAAAAUCCAGCAAAAUGAAUUGCCUAUCAGCGACGUUCAAGUACCUGCUGUACUUCCUUAAUUUGAUCUUUGUGGUCGGCGGCAUAUUGCUCAUCGUGGUGGGCUCCAUCAUGCUCUCCACGAUGGGCAACUUUGCGGCCUUUGAGGGUGCCGUGAACACGCAGACCAUUCCGAUCAUCAUCAUAACCAUUGGCUGUGUGACGUUCCUGGUGGCCUUCUUCGGCUGCUGCGGCACCAUCAGGGAGAAUGCCUGCUGCACGACAAUUUAUGCCAUUUGUAUGCUCAUUCUGUUUGCCCUGCAAUUGGCCUUGUCCAUCUGGAUCUUUGCGGCAAAUGACAAAUUCCUGGACAAGAUGAGCACCGUGGUAAACACCGCCUGGAAUGAGAACAAUGCCGCACAGGGUUAUCCCAUGGAUGCACUCCAAUUGGCUUUCAAAUGCUGUGGCAACACUGGCUACGAGCAGUACGGCAACGCCGUGCCCGCCUCCUGCUGCGGCUACAAGGAUCGCUAUCAGGUGUGCGAGGCUGCCAUUUACACGCAGCGUGUGGGCUGCAACAGCGAAUUUGUUGACUUCUGGGCCUCCAAUACGGACCUCAUACGCUGGAGCAGUUUGAUCAUUGCGCUCUUCGAGCUGGGCAUCUUCAUUGUGUCCUGCUGUCUGGCCAGUGCCAUGAGGAAGCGUUGAUCGAGCAUCCGCUAGCAUCAUCCCAUUAGCUGUAGUUCAUCCAUCCAGUUCUGCCAUCAAUAAAUCAAAAUAGGUUAAGCUCAAUCAAGUA